AUAGUAAACAUUAUUAAAUCCAAAUCUAGCGUAUAUAAAUAUAUGCAAGCGUGAAUGUUUGAUUUCGUUUCGGAAUUUAUUCUGUUACAGAUCGCUAAACUCGUGCAUUUUGCAAUUUCCAUAAGCUGAUCGAUUAACAUCGCGAGGUUAUUAUUAAUAUAACUAAACUCUUCGUUUAUUAAUUUAUUUAUUCGCGCAUGGGCUUGUACCCUCAAAUUUAGUAUGAGAAAUUAAAUAUUUCUACAAAGAACGCGUAAAGAACCUACAAAGAACCUAUAGUAAAGAACGCGAUCUAUAGUAAAAAGUCGGUGCAAAUUAGACGUUGACAUUCAAGACGAAGUUUAUUUGCCUGCACCGAUAACAAGUGCAAUCUAAAUAUUUUUGUCCAAGAGAACGGUGGAGUUACGCGACCGAUACAAGAACAAUACGAUGGAACGAAGAAAAGAUUCGACUUUGAACUUUAUCGUCAAGAUCAAUUUUGCACGAUUGUUUUUCAAAAAAUCUCCGCCUAUCCAAAGGUGUAGAAUCACACUAUGGUGGCUUUUACACCUACUUUCAUUUAUACUGUGUACAUAGGCACAUAUGUAUGUAGAAAUGUACGAAGCGCGAGAAGGACAUUCGUCAUCGAUGCUGUGCGAUUAAUCAUGAAAAUUUAUAUUCGUAAGUCGCACGUGUAGGCACUUUUUACCACCAACUUUUUACGAUUCUCCCAAACCAUACGUUUCAGCUGUUUUUCGCGUGCUAGGACGACCUCGAUGGAAAAAUUAUUCAUCGCCAUUUUGACAAACGAAGCUAUUUCGAUCGUGCUCGAAACAGCAUCGUUUAUUUGUAAACGCCGACGCUCGUUCGUCGAUCGUUCAAUAGCAAUGUGACGGAAGAAAAUUUCGGCUCGUUGUAUCAUCUUAAAAUUUCUUGUAUUUAGUUAAUUUCUGUGGAAAGUGGAAUCAACGAAUCAUGGAUUAAACGUUGCGAUCCGAAUGGAAGCGAGCUUACAAAGACUAAGUGGCGUCUAGGUCGUCUGAAAGCCAAUUAAUCGCUGCUGCCAAUUAAGGUACUCCGCUUUUACUGUUUAUGCUUUCGUACAAUUUUUCUUCGUAGUCAAGUACGAAGAAAUAACUUCUCGAAAUUUCUAGAUCGAACUUUUCGCGCAACGUUGUCAAUUUUACGUUUAUUCCACGUGAAAUUGAUUCUAUAAAUUACACGCGUUACGCAUGCAGGAACAAAAAUACAACGUUUAAAGUGUACUUUGAAGUUACUUCUGUCUUAACCAGCUGUACAACUCAUACUUUUUGCCUGUUUUGUUCGAGCGAAUAGGUCUUACGAAUAAGUCGAUCAACGUCUAAAAAAAUAUUGAAGAGACGCAGAAAAACGUGGCGUAGCAAUUUUCAAGCACGAUAUAAUUCGAUCUUUCCUCGAACAAAAAGAUUCGCGUACGAUUAAACAUUUUUAAGAUUGAUCGGUUCGCUUGCAGUUGGAGAACGAAUAUAAUCAUGGUGAGCGAUUCGGCAAAAAUUCUUGCCCUGGUGGUCACGGCGAUAAAAAAUCUUCGCGAAUUGAAAGGCUCGACUUCUCGAGAAAUUUUACAUUAUCUCUCGUCCGUCUACGAUAUUUCACCAAAUGUGGCACGUCGUCAGAUGCAGACCGCGUUAAAGCGCGGCGUCGCCUACGGUAUCCUAAAGAAGAACGGGGGCUGUUACAUUCUACCGACGAACAGCGAGAUAAAUUGCCAAGAAAUUGCCGAACAGGAGGUCAAUCUACUGGACGUCUGUCGCAGAAACAGAAUGCAGAAAAAAUUGGGCUGCAAGUGCAAGAAGAGACGGCGUAGACGUAGAAGGAGAAAAAGAAAGUUCUGUAGAUGUAGGCGGAGACGAAGAAGGAGAGUAAGAAGACGAAGCAGAGUUUGCGGAAGGAGGAGAAGGAGAAGGAAGAGGAAGUGUCGGUGCGGUGGUCUAGGAAGAGAUCUCAGGAGAGGUGAUCCAGAUAGGACGAAACGGGCCGGAAUGCCCCAUGCAGCCGAAAACUUUCCAAGUGGGAGACUUUUCGAACCGUCGGAGGCUUACGAUUCCGCGGCCAGCGAGAAAACCUCUUUGUCCAGCAUCACCUCGGCAACGGACUAGAAACGUUCAUCGGUAGGUAUAUCGUGGGUCGCUUUAAUUUUUGCAAGAUUUUUGUGUCGGAAGGUAGGAUACGUUGGAUACCAGGCUAGAUGGAGUUUUACUUAUCUACGCGUUAUUCGAGAUUCGUAGGUCGUAACCGGGCCGUAGUCGGAAAAGGCUUAGUUUUGCCUUAAAGUUCGAAGCGUCUCGAAGUACACGAGCUACUUCUUUUCGUUUUAGGUGUAAGACGAGCAGCAGUAGAGACAGCAUGUACCGCGACAAAGCAAAGCUUAAGACGGCAAUUUAUACGAGGAGCUUUCCUUUAGGGGUGUGUUCUUAUGUUUCGUAACAAAUUGAUAAAAUGGUAAACAGCUGGGAGAAAACGGAGGAUGGUCAAAUGGAUGGUUUACAAACGGUAGAUGGAAGAUGGAAAAUUGAAACAAGUAGAAAGGUAUUAACGAUUGACGGAGUAUUUGCUGUAUUUGCUGAGACAAUAUUUAUAAAAGAGCGAAGAAUAGAUAAAGUGGGAAGCAGAAUUUAAUUCAAAGAUAAAGAGAUAUCUCACGGUAUCGUAUUAGGCGUAUAAAAGCGUCUAUUUAUACAUUUUAAUAUAUCGAUAUGUUUUGCAGUACCGGAAGAAAAAGUAGUAAACUCGUGUAGUGGAAGAACAAGAUUAAAUUAUCAUCGUACAGGCCAGGGCAGAAGAUCGAAAAUAUACGAGAUCUUUCCAAGAUGCGUCAUCUUUAGAGGCGUUUAUAUAUUUGCGUGCAUUCGGUUUUUCUAUUACCAUUUUUAUUUUAGAGUAGACUUCGUUUUUGCGUAGAUGUUAUAUUAUAGGACAUGGCUUUAAUAUUUUGUCGUGCCUCAUUUACUUUGUAACUUUGAGAGGAAAAAUAUACAAAUUAUACAGUUAAA